UCGCUGUAUCUACUCGGCUGAGAAUGAAAUGGUCUUCAAGACUAAAGAGUUUAUAAAAGUUAAUUAGGAAUUAACAACAUAAUUUGGCAAGUUAUACGUUGAUUCUGACGAACUUAUACGUGGUAAAAUAUGUGUCCAUAGGUGAUAGAUGCUCUGUAGUCAUGAGCUUCUGUGGAUCAAGGGACGGCUCGCUGAGUGUGAGGCACGGUGUACUGAAGAACAAAUGCUUCGUGGACGUGUUGAACAUCAUCCCUCACGCCGUGAUGAUAGUCAUCAGUGUGGUCAUCAUCCUAGUCUGGAGGAAAUCCAUCCUGGGACAGCUGAAGGCAAAGACUUGGGUCCAUUUUAAGUGUCAUUCUUUACGAUGGAUCGUCACGCUAACACUCACGUUUGUUAUCGCGUUAGAUAUUGUAGAAGGGUUUAUCUCUGACUUCAUUGAUCCAGACAGUGUCAAUUAUCAUAUUUUGAUACCACCAUGUAUAUCGUUUAUCAGUACCGUGUUGUCGCUAGUUCUGUAUCACAAUAUAGAAAUGUGGAACUCGCCGAGAUUCCUUCUCAUGCUGGCACUGUACUGGACCAGCUCAUGUGGUCUAAAGUUGCUGAAGGCAUUUACCCUGUACCAGAGUGAGAUACAGACUGUCCACCUGCGUCUGUGGACCUGUUGGAUACAGGUGGCACUAUACGCCUCACUGGUUGUCAUAGAGAUAGUCGUGCUUCUACUGCAGCGCUAUGCCUGCUACAAGAAGUGUCGAAAGGUCCACCCAGCUCCCGGCUUAGAGAAGACGAGAUACUACGCCACUUACGCCAACUUUCUUUCAAGAGUUACCUUCUCCUGGAUGAAUGAGAUUCUGGUGGAGGGAUUCAAAGCUCCACUUACCAUUGAACAGCUCGGAGCCUUGCCUCAGGAAGAGAAAACAGUAACAAACUACAAGAAAUUCUUCAAUGCAUUUGAAGUAGAAAAGCAAUUGGCAGAAAAAAAAAAUCAGCUGCCUUCAUUGCAUCGAAUAUACCUGCGCGCCUUCUGGCCAUACAUCGUCCUGGGGGGAAUCUGUCGGCUGUUCGGAGACCUAUUGGCCUUUGUGGGGCCGUGGUGUAUAGAGAGUAUAGUGAAUUUUGCCUACAGCGCACUCAACAGUAAUGGGACAGUGAAGUUGCCGCAAGCUCCCAGCUUGCCAAAUGCUACCUUCUAUAUGAUACAGAAUGGUGACAAUGUGACAGUUGAUGUGACAGAAACAGGUGUACCACACAAGGAGUACUUUGUGACAGUGACAGACUUCCUCAACAACGGGUAUGCCCUGUGUGGGGUGCUGUUCAUGUCCACACUGCUCCAGCACACGCUGCUACAGAACCACCACUACUUUGUGAUCAGGGAGGGCAUCAGGCUGCGCUCAGCGGUCCAGGCAAUGGUGUACAGCAAGGCCCUGAGUUUAUCAAGCCUGGUGCUAACAAGCAGCAAGACGACCAUGGGCCAGAUCAUCAACCACAUGUCCAUGGAUGCCAACUUUCUUAUGAUGCACCUGUUCUUCAUCCACUACAUCUGGGCCACACCUUUACAGGUGGUCAUUUGUAUCUGCCUGAUGUACUUCAAGCUGGGAAUCAGUGCAGUGUUGGGCGGGCUGCUGAUUGUGCUGUCUGCACCUGUACAGAUUGUUGUUGGGAGGUCCAUGUCCAACAUGCAGAAGAAAUGCAUGCAACAUGCAGACGCCCGGGUGAAGAAAUGUAACGAGAUGGUUCAGGGCAUCAAGGUCAUCAAGCUGCUUGCCUGGGAGACGUUCAUUGCUCAGGGGAUCUCGGAGUCUCGUAAGCGGGAACUCAAGGCCGUCAUGAUGAAUGCGAUCUUUAAGUCGCUGUUCACUUUCAUAGGGACUGCAGCGCCUAUUUUAGCAACUUUCUUGACAUUCGUUCUCUAUCCUGUGCUGGAGAAUCAGCCCCUGACUGCCGGGAAGGCCCUGUCCACCUUGGCCCUCUUCAACAUCAUGGCCGUCCCGCUGGUGUUGUUCUCGCUGUGUACCUCCACAAUGAUCAUGGCAAAUAUAAGCGCCAAGAGACUGGUUCCCUACCUGCUGGCCCCGGAGGUGGAGGGACUUCAGGGGUCACAGGGUCACGUUGACUCCAUCAAGACUGAUGCUGAUGAGAGCUUACAUGGGGAUGAACCUGAGGAGUCAGGUGUUCUGCUGCAGCCGAUGGGGGUCAAGGACAAGUUUGACGCCCUCAACGCCAGUCUCUGUAGCCUGAACAGCCACAUGUCUCCCCGCCAUUCCCGCCAGAACUCCAGCAGCUCUCUCGGCCUGCUAGAUUUGACAGCAGAACACCAUGUUAAUCCAGGAGUACCGAGACGUCAUUCUGCCAUCUCAUUGUCAGUUGGUAGCGAUCAUCAUCAGCGACGUCGUCACCACAGCAACGUAUCCAUCGAGGAGACGCAGUAUGAUGACCUGCCAUACGCACUCGAGAUCACAGAUGGCUCUUUCUCCUGGGAUCUGGAGAAACGAGAGCCCAUGUUGAAGAACAUCCAACUGAAAAUCCCACAUGGCAAGCUGGUGAUGGUGGUGGGCACAGUAGGAAGUGGGAAGUCGUCUCUUGUGUGUUCGAUGCUUGGAGAGAUGCUCAAAGUCGCAGGCAAGGUCACAUGGUGCAGAAACUCCAACAUAGCCCUUGUCGCUCAAAAGCCCUGGCUACUGAAUACAACCCUGAAGGAUAAUAUUCUUUUUGGAAGCCCCUAUUCCUGGAAAAGGUAUCAGAAGGUUAUAGAAUGCUGUGCACUGCAACCAGAUAUUGACAGCCUACCUGCAGCAGAUGGAACAGAGAUAGGAGAGAAGGGUGUGAACCUAAGCGGGGGUCAGAAGCAGCGUGUGUGUAUAGCCAGGGCCCUGUACUCCAGUGCGGACAUUAUUGUCAUGGACGACCCAUUCUCAGCGCUGGACGCCCAUGUAGGUCGUCACGUGUUUGAGGAGGUGGUGCUGAAGAAGCUGCUGCAACGCAAAAAGACUGUCAUCCUAGUCACCCAUCAGCUGCAGUACCUCAACUACGCUCACAGUGUUGUGGUGAUGAAGGAAGGUGAGAUAGAGUGCCAGGGCAAGCUGUCAGAGCUGAAGAGACUACAUCCAGAAAUCUACAACAACUGGAGAAAAGCUCUCAAGGAGGCCAAGAAUGCAGAGGCCAGAAAGGAUUCAGAGACACUGCAGGAAGAUCAUGAGGAUCUGAUGACCAUGCGACAGAUUAGCACCACCAGCAACCUCAGUGAGGUCAGCUCUUCCUCCUCCAGUGAGGAUAAACUCAACCAGGAGGCUAACGGAAAGGUGCUGGAGGUGCCCAUGACGACAGACGCAAAGAAGCCGGCAGAUGUUGUCCUUGACCAACCAAAAUCAGUCCUCAUUGAAAAAACAGAUGAGAAAAUCAUUGAACACGACCAGUCGAGCCCAUCAGGCAAGCUGAUCAAGAAGGAGCACCGGGAGGUGGGCUCGGUGUCAUGGCGGGUGUACCGGUCCUACCUGGCGUCCUGCGGCCCCCUGCUGGUGACCCUCUCCCUCCUCCUGAUGGUGGUCAACCAGGCCCUCCUCGUCAGCACCAACAUCUGGGUCUCACACUGGGCCUCGGACUCUACAAUGUUUGUAAACAACCGUCCACCCAACUCUACUGAGGGCUUUGACAACAGCAGGUACAUACAUGUCUACGUGACCUUGUCAGUGUGCGCCGUCAUGGUAACACUUGUGUCGGGAUUUGUGUUCCAUUUCACUGGUGUGGUUGGGGCCAAGACCCUCCACCAUGACCUACUUCACAGGGUAAUGAACGUGCCCAUGAGGUUCUUUGAUACCAACCCAAGCGGGCGAGUCAUCAACCGGUUCUCCUCGGAUCUCAGUAAUAUUGAUCAGAAAAUUCCUGGAACGUGGGAGUCAUUUCUGCGAUGCCUUUUCGCAACAUUUGGUGCCAUAAUUGUCAACUGUAUUGGGACGCCAUAUUUCAUCAUUGCUGCCGUCGGGGUGGCAUUUCUAUACGUCCUGUUAGAAAGACUCUAUAUUGCCACUGCAAGGGAGUUACAGCGACUGGACAGUGUUACCAAAUCUCCAGUGUUCUCACAUUUUUCAGAGACAUUGAGCGGACUGCAGACUAUAAGGGCUUACAAAGCCCAGUCCAGAUUCCAACAGACUGCUAUUACCUCCAUCGAUACUAAUGUUCUUCCCUUCUUGUUCAACCAAACAGCGAACAGAUGGCUCGGUGUUAGACUGGACUAUUUUGGUGCUAUAUUGGUGCUGGUGUCAGCAGUGACAAGUCUCUUAGCUGGACUUGCUGGAAAGAUAGACCCGGCCUAUGUUGGACUGUGUAUUGCAUAUGCUCUAAUGGUCUCUAAUUACCUGAACUGGAUUGUCCGCAACAAAUCUGAGCUGGAGAUGAUGAUGAAUGCAGUGGAGAGGGUGGAGGAAUACAAGAAACUGGACAUAGAAACCACACCAGCAGCUGAUAGCAGUACCAAAGUAUCAGGCUGGCCAUCUGAGGGCAGUAUAGAGUUCUGUGAUGUCAGUCUACGGUACGACACCAACCAGGAUCCUGUGGUUCAUGGUGUCAGCUUUAAAAUAGAGCCAGGAGAAAAGGUGGGGAUAUGUGGUCGUACGGGCAGUGGCAAGUCCUCGCUAACACUGAGUAUGUUCCGCAUGCUGGACAUCAGCUCAGGCGAGAUAUUAAUUGAUGGGCGCAACAUCUGCCACGUGGCCCUUCCAGAACUGCGCUCAAAACUUGCCAUCAUCCCACAAGAUCCCAUACUUUUUACAGGAACUAUCAGAUAUAACCUUGACCCCACAUCAGAAAUAGAAGACAGCAAGUUGUGGAUGGCUUUGGAGUCUGUGCAGCUGAGAGACACGAUUGAGGCACUACCAGAAAAAUUGGACGCUCAUGUGUCAGAGGGCGGUGAGAACUUCAGUAUCGGUCAGAAGCAGCUGUUCUGCCUGGCGAGAGCGUUCCUGCGUGAGAACAAGGUCCUGGUACUGGACGAGGCCACAGCCAGCAUUGACCUUGAGACGGACAACAAGCUGCAGAAAGUCAUAGGGACCGUAUUCAAGGACAGGACUGUGAUCACCAUCGCUCAUAGAAUCUCCACCAUUAUGAAAUACGACCGUGUGAUGACGAUGGAGCAUGGUCAGUUAAAAGAGUUUGAUACGCCGUCUCGACUCUUGAAAGAUGAGGACAGUCUGUUUGCCCGCCUUGUAAAACAUUCAUACAAAUAAAACUGGAUGGGCAGUGAGAGGCUUUUACAAUGGGUCUUAGAUCAAUGUUAAGUGUGUUGUGACAUACUAACAGGUUUAGCUUGAACUCGGUUAACAUGUUUCAAAGUGUGGAUGUAUUAAUAUUGACAAGACGUAUUUCACUUAAAAAUAACAUUUUAUGUCCGAUUAUGACAAGAAAAAUACAAAAAAUAACACUUGUGUGUUUUAAUCUGUGAUUUUAAAGCUUGUUAUUUUAGGGAUGAAAUAAGGUGCUUUUGCAUUUUAUUUUAAAGACAUUUGGAGAAUGUACAUUAAACAUGUGAGGGAUAUUCAUUUCUUGCCACAUAGACAGAGGAUUUUUGAAAUAUAUAAAGGAUCUUUGUCCAUCUCUCCUACACAUUUCUGUGUCCACUCAACAAAUCAUUUACACGAAACUUGUCUCAAAUGGUUAGUUUUUUCAUAUAGGCAAUCUGCUCAAAGGCAGGAGUCACUCACACUGGGUCAAGGUCAUAUUUAAAGGUCAAUAAUUGUGACUCCAUUUGUGUCUGCUCUAUAUUUGUUAGUGCUGAAUUGUCUUAACUAGCUGUCAAAAUAUUCAUCCCAUUGAAUCAAUGUGCAGAGGACAUGAGGAAAACAUGAGGCAAACAUUCCACCUAGGGUCGAGGUCAAGCUUGAAGGUUAAAAUGAUCCUGGCAGAGGAUAUAGCUGUCUAUUGGACUCUCUCGAUACUUUGAUGCAAUACUCAAAGAUAGAAUGUUACGAGUCUUAAUUAUAAGUUGUACCAAGCCGUAACUAACACAAAUAUACACUGUAAUCAUCAGGUUUCAACACAGCAGACUUUACACUUAGAAGAGGUCAGGUACCUGUUUCAUAAACUGUUUCUUUCAACAAUUUAAGAUACUGGAUUUCCUGAAGUGAAGGUUGAUUGUUUAUUGUAUGUUUAUGGUAACAAGAUCUUGUUUUAAAAUCUCUAAGGGCUUCUGGUUUAUCAUUCGUUUUUACAUUUACAUUUAUAUUAGGGAUUUAAGAUCAUUUUGUGCAAAUAACUUCUUCACAGUGUUUAACUGGGUAUUGAUUUGUGAGGGAAAAAAUCUGAAAAGCUGUUUUAUUGAGCAGAAUGUAAGAUGUAAAACUUCCAAUUCUGUUAUGAUUUUGUUACUUAAGUUCAAUCUAAUAACAUGUGGAAACAAGGAAUAUUUCUAAUAUAAAAUAAAAUUAUGAAAACAAUGUUGCAUGACACAAAUAGCAUUUAAACAUAUAUCAAUGCAUAUGUUAUCUUACUAGAUUAAAGAUUGUCCUAAAUAUAUUGCAUGUGUGUAUAUUUACAUAUUUUGACUGUGCUCUGUGAAAAGGGGGUGUAAAGCAUGUGUGUAAACUGUUGUCCCAGAUUAGCCUGUGCAGUAUGAUAUGGCUACUCAGGGACAACACUUUCCGCUUUUAUUGUAUUUUUCAUUUACAGAAAGUCUCUUCUUAGCAAACAUCCAGUAAGGCGGAAGUGUCAUUCCUGAUUAGCCUGUGCAGACUGCACAGGCUAAUCUGGAACAACACUUUACGCAAAUGCAUUUAACCCCCUUUUCACGGAGCAUGGCUCAUUUGUAUUAUCAUGGUAUUAUUAGUUCAUUAGAUCUAGUCGCAACUGUGUUCAAAGCUCUACAUGUAUUUAUUUUUUGUGCACUAGUUUGUUUUUUGCACACGCUAUAUUAAAUAUAACUGUGAAUAUAGUAUUUAGCAUUUUGUAAGGAAAGGUUUAUGGUGGAAAAAUAAGUAGUGAAGUUCAUUGCAUCACUUGAAGACCAAAAGGACAUGCCAGCAUUUAUACAAAGAAGGCUGAUUAGUCCUGCUGGUUCUUACCUGAUAUUGUGUUCUGUGAAAGCCUACAUGGCCUAUCAGUCUAUGUGUAAAGAAGGCUGAUAAGUCCUCCUGACUCUCAUUUAAUGCUUUGCCGCUUAAUUUUUCUUCAAAAUGGUAUCCAUUUUCACUUCAAAUUGAAAUUAAUAUGCUCAAUAAGUCUAGCAGAAGAUGUACUAAUUGAAAGCCAUAUGCUAUGUUUCUUUUGUCAAAAUUAUCAUCCUAAUUUGAACACAAAAAGUAAUAUUUAUAAGUUUUUUAUGAAGUGCCUAACUGCCCAUGUUUAAUUAAACAAUUUAUGUUUACUAGGUUGCUUGCAAGGUUCUGGAAAUAUUGCACAAAAACACUCAUAAAAUAUUAGCUUUCUCUGUUUGAAUAUUGUGUGUUUUUAUAUUUUUAUUUUAAGAAAGCUGAUAUCAUAAAUAUGAAAGUGACUGUUUCACCUUUGUUUGAAUAUCUGUGUAUAACAUUUUCCUCUGAUGUUUGUUGUUUUUUUAGUCCAAGGAUACUUUCCACUAGAGGGAGAAUUGGUUUAAUCUCUGUCUGUUAUGUACGUUCCUCAGCAAACAUCCUUCAUGCAAUUUUAAAAAAAGUUCUAUAUAAACUUUGAUGAAACUUGGUAUUCUCACAAAAGGCAAAGUCAGAAUUAUGCAAGAACCUUUUGAACUAGAGGUCAAAGUUCAGGUUACUGUUACACUCCAAACACUACAAAACUGAAAUUUGCAAGAAAGCAAAAAAGUAAAAGUGAUAUUGUAAUCAAUUUUUGGAUACACUUUCAGCUAUAGGUUUUUCUAUGAGAAAAAAACUAAUUAUAUAAUGGGAAAAUGCUAAAGAAUCUUUGACUUAAGUACAGUAAUAUUUUGCCAUGUGGGAAGCAAUACAUUUUUUCACCUGGGGACAAAGGUUAGGUCACUGUAAAUAAAAUUAAAAAACCCAUAUAUUUUUUAUAUCUGAUCAACUAUUAUAUGAUAUUUGUAUUACUCAUCAAUUACAUAUGCCAAGAUCAUGUACAUUUUGCAUAACUAUUUGACUAUAUAUUGCCUUUCGUAGGUAUGUUAACCAUUUCCUCUGAUAAGCAAUCCAUCUGUCUUUUUGCAAAGAAUAUCUUGACAAAUACAUAUAGUUAGAAUUUGAAAUUUGGUAUACAUGUUAAAAGUGUUUAUAGGAUUAUGUAAUAUAUGUUGUUUCUAUUCAUGUAAAGUAUCAGGUUACUACAUAGAACUACAAAAAAAUCUUUUUUUCUAAAGGUGCAUAAGAUAUGUGUCUUGUUCUGAGAAAACUGGGUACAUGUGCGUAAAGUGUUGUCUCAGAUUAGCCUGUGCAGUCCGCACAGGCUAAUCAGGGACGACACUUUCCGCCCAAACUUGAUUUUCGGUAAGGAGGUACUUCCUUGAAACUAAAAAUGCCAUAAAAGCGGAAAGUGUCGUCCCUGAUAAGCCUGUGCGGACUUUUGGCACAUGUACCAUGCCCAGUGUUCUCAGAACGCGACUCAUAUAAUGAUGAGACAUGUUGUACAUGUGGAUAUCAAUAUGGCAGUAAUAUGCACUACCUUUUUUUCCACCAGGGGUCUACUGUCAAUUAAUGUUAAAGACUAAGGUGUUUUUACUUGAUGGUUGGAGACUCUUGUAUUGCAGACAUUACUGUCAAAGCCUUGUUAGACUUGUUUUACUUCCAUAUAAUUUCAGAUUGAGUAUUGUCGGUUUUUGUAUGUAUAAAGCUUUAUUUGUCAUGCUUUGUUCAUUUUCAUGUCUUAAUUUGUGAUAACAGUUAUGUGGUUUCAUUUAUAAAUUUCUGUUCUAAAUUUUUUUUCAUAGCUUUAUUCAUUAUUUUAAACAUUAUGCCUAAUUCUAUAUAUUCUGCGAAUUUAACAUUCUUGAUCUUCAAUUAUUAUUAUUUUCAUUCCAUGGUUCAAUCAGUGGCUUUUAUAAGUUUGUUUUAUUCCCAAUUUUUUACUUCUCUGUCAAAAAGCAAGUUUUGCAAAACAAAACAAAAACUUAAAUUGGUUUACACACAUUUGUUGUAUAAAUAGGGUGAUUUUCCGGUGUUGUGAUUGUGAUUACUUAUUUUGUUAUUCUUCUGUUAUCGCUACUCAUUUUUAUGCUCCCCAAAAUUUUUGGGGGGGAGCAUAUAGUCGCCGCUUCGUCUGUCCAUGUGUCUGUCCGUCCGUGCACAAUUUUUGUCCGGGCUAUUUCUCAGUAAAUAAUGACCGGAAUUUAAUGAAACUUUAUGGGAAGAUUCACUACCAACAGGAGAUGUGCAUAUUAUCAGCCUGUUAUGGUUGGAUGAUUUUUCACAGAGUUAUGGCCCUUUGAAAUUUUCUAUAAACUGUACAUAUAGUGCAAUUCUUGUCCCCCCAACUACUGACUGGAAUUCAAUGAAGCUUUAUGGGAAGCUUAAGUACCUUAAGGAGAUGGGCAUGUUAUUUGUGGGUUCUGGUUUGAUGAUUUAUUAGAGAGUUAUGGCCCUUUGAAAUUUUUAAGUUGCUAAACCAUCCAUCGUAUUAUUUUAUCCAAAGUUAUGCCCCUCAAGACGUUUCCUUUUAUCUGAAUAUAUUGUGCAAUACAUAGACAAAAAAACACUUUGGGGAGCAUCACCCGUCUCCGACGGUUUCUUGUUUGAGUAUUUUUCGGUGUAAUUGUUGUUUCCUGUUGUUGCUAAAAUUGACUCAGACAUGCCAUGUUUUGUCUCAGAUUGUUCUACUGAAAUAUUAGCAUUGUUUCAAUUGAUAUUUGAUAAUAGUUGUUUAUAUAGGACUGCCUAUUUUAAUGUAGACGGGUACACCUUUUUACAAACUGUAUCAGUUAUAUUAGUUCAACUGAGCACAUAGGACUCAAGGGGUGCUUUAAGGAUACUAUGAUGGCCGCAGUCCAUAUAUGUGCCAGGUGAUGGCCGCAGUCCAUAUAUGUGCCAGGUGUGUUUUAACUUUUUCUUCUGGCAGAUUCCCCUCCUUAACCCCUGGAUGGAUUUCAACAAAACUUCCCAGGUAUAAUCCUUUGAUGACCCUCUUUCAAAGGUGUUCAAGGGAUUGCCUAAUCAUGUUUUAAUAAAUCUGUUUUGACCUCUGAUCAUGCAAGUUGGUAUAGUGGUGACUUAUGAGAAAUAAGCAGAUGAUGCAGUCACCAGUUCAAGUGAUUUGAGAGGAAAAUAAAACACAUUCCCAUGUUCAGGUCAUUGGGUCAAUGGUCAAGGUCAUAUGAGCUUGUACAAGCAAUUGGUAUCUGUAUGAUAUCCAGAGAAUGCUUGACCUUCAAUCGUCUUUAUUGGUAUGUUGUUUAUUUAGAUAAAAAGAUGCCUAAUGAUUUUGUGUUGAAAUGGUAAAGCUCACUUGGGCUUGUAUCAAUACAUUUGUUUUUUGCACAAUAUCUUGAGUAUGCUUUGUCCUUUAAUCAUCAAAGUCAGCAAAGUUGAUGCUUAUUCGGAAAGAAACAUACCUUGUGAGUUUGAUGUUAUAAUGUCACAGCUUCUCUUUUAACCCUUUGCAUGCUGGGAAAUUUGUCGUCUGCAAAAAUGUCAUCUGCUGAAUUUCUAAAAUUAGCAUUUUCUUCGAUUUUUCAAAGAUACUAUCAGAAUAGCAAACAGUUUGGAUCCUUAUGAGACGCCACGUUCUGUGGCGUCUCAUCUGGAUCCAAACUGUUUGCAACGGCCUUUAAAAUUCGGUUCCCGCACUGAAAGGGUUAAAAAAUUCAUGUCCGCGCAAGAGAUAAAGAGCACUUUCAUCAGAGCGCAUCUCAAUUUGCUCUGCUGGGUUUUUGAAGAAUGGAAAGAUACCGAAUGAUUUUGAUGUCAACAGAUCAUUGAUCAAGGUCGGUCACAAUGAUGGCUUUGCUGCAAUUUGGUGGAGGGGAUGCAUGUUUUACAAACAAUUCUUACUCUUAGGUAGAAUUCUCGAUAAAUAUGUGUUAAUCAUUAAUAAAUCAGUAACUCCCAAACAAAAACAAAAACAGAAAAAAAAUCGUGCACAAUCUUUUAAGGAGAAAAAUGUAUUAUAUUUAUGGUUUUCUAUGAGACUUGAUAUUUUAAGUAUUGAACUCAUCAAUAUUUAAUAAAAACUUGUGUGACAUAUUAUAUUGUUUUAUUAUUCAAAUCAUUCCUUUAAUAUUUAACCAAAUUGUAAAGAAAAUGGUUGACAUUUAGUAUUAUUAAAAAUACUUUAUUGUAAGGUAUACUAUUCUGUUUGUAGCUGUAAUACUUGUGCAUUUACAAGUUGUUGUCAAGUAUUUUGAUUUCUAUCAUUUGUAUUGUUAGCAAAAUUAUAUUUAGACUUUAAUAAAAUAAAUUUAGACCUGCCAA